GCCUUCUCCUGCUCAAUUUCGUUCCCUGCUUCGGCUAGAGAAGCACUCUCAAUUAGUUCCAGUAUGCUGGCACGUCUCCAUCACCUGCUCUUAAACUGAGACCCGAUGGGGCGCACCAACGAGCAACGGCGAACCUGUCCAGGGAGCCGUGGGAUGGCUGUCAAUUGUAUCAGUGGGAGUGCACGGACGCAGUGACCGAUUUAUAAAGCCCGCUAGAGAACGACAACCCGGCUGAAGAAUCCCAGAAUAACACUCCAACCAGAGUACGAUAGGCUGAUCUCUUACCAAAGAAAAAGAUGCAUUCCUCCCUUCUCCCCAUGCUGGCAGCGAUGCUGCUGAGCCCAGUUAGCGCAGCCGGAGUAAGCGGUACAGCCUUUGGAUUCGCUCAAGGAACAACCGGUGGAGGAAGUGCAACGCCACAGACCCCUUCAAGCCUCGACGAGUUGAAGACUUGGAUCACUGACGAUGUCGAGCGGGUGAUCCUCAUUGACCGCGAGUGGGAUUUCACCAGCACGGAAGGCCAGACUUCGGGUCAAUGCUGCAGCUCCGAUACCACCACGAAGUGCCCUGGUGGCACCUCCGCUGGUCAGGCAUGGAUUCAAGACACGUGUGAUGACGGCACCUGGGUUUCUUGCACCUACGACAACGCUGCGAAGACCCCGCUGGACGUGGGCAGCAACAAGAGCAUUGUCGGUGUGGGCAACAAGGGAGUUCUCAAGGGCAAGGGCUUGCGCCUUACUGGUGGCGCCAACAACGUCAUCAUCCAGAACAUCCAUAUCACGGAUUUGAACCCUCAGUACGUCUGGGGCGGUGACGCUCUUACCCUGGAUGGCACCGAUAACGUUUGGAUUGACCACAACAAGUUCUCCCUUAUUGGUCGACAGAUGAUCGUCAGCGGCUGGAACAAGGGCGGCCAUGUCACCAUCUCCAACAACGAGUUCGACGGUGUCACCGAAUGGUCGGCUGGCUGCAAUGGCAAGCACUACUGGUCCCUCCUGCUCCUGGGUCUAGAGGAUUGGUAUACCUUCUCUGGAAACUGGCUUCACGAUCUCUCGGGCCGUGCUCCUCACAUGGGCACUGACUACGACGACUCUAAGAUCUAUUUCCACGGCGUCAACAACUACUUCCAGGAUAUUGACGGACAUGCCUUCGAUGUGGACACCAACACCUGGGUGCUAUUGGAGGGUAAUUACUUCGACAACGUGAAGACCCCCAUGACCGAUACUUCCCUCACGAGUGGUGCGCAGCUGUACACCACCAGCACCGUCGACUCGGCCAGCGGUUGCGUCUCACCUCUGGGAUACAUCUGCGAAUGGAACCGGGCGGGCGGCAACACUGGCACUUGGCCUGACCGCACUGACGCGGCGGUCUUGACCGGAUUCUCCAGCCUCAAGGAGCAUCUCAUCGGCCACACCGGUGUCGCUGAUGUCCCUACCAAUGUCAAGGCCAACGCUGGCGUUGGCAAGCUGUGA